UUUUUUUUUUUUUGGAUUACGACAAAUUAGGUGAGCUGGGUUUGAUUAUAGUGCAAUUGGGGGUUUCUAGUGUUGAAGAAAGCUAUGAAUUUUGAUACCCUUUUGGAGGUUUAGCGAAGAGUGAAGGAGGAGCUGUUUGGGUUUGUACAAACUAAAGAAAGAUGAUUGCAGAGAAACCCAGUUGGGUUAGACAUGAGGGAAUGCAGAUUUUCUCCAUUGACAUUCAACCUGGUGGUCUCAGAUUUGCUACUGGCGGAGGUGACCACAAGGUUCGGAUAUGGAACAUGAAAUCUGUUAGCAGGGACUUGGAGGUUAAUGAACCAAUACAGAGGCUUCUUGCAACUCUUCGUGAUCACUUUGGAUCAGUCAAUUGCGUUAGGUGGGCUAAGCAUGGUCGGUAUGUUGCAUCUGGAUCUGAUGAUCAGGUGAUUUUAGUUCAUGAAAGGAAGCCUGGUUCAGGUACCACUGAGUUUGGCAGUGGAGAGCCACCAGACGUUGAGAACUGGAAGGUUGCGAUGACUUUGAGAGGGCAUACUGCAGAUGUGGUGGAUCUUAAUUGGUCUCCAGAUGACUCCAUAUUGGCUAGUGGGAGUUUGGACAACACUGUCCAUGUUUGGAAUAUGAGCAAUGGCAUUUGCACAGCUGUUCUUAGAGGCCACUCUAGCCUGGUUAAAGGAGUAGCUUGGGAUCCUAUUGGCUCCUUCAUAGCGAGUCAAUCUGACGAUAAGACAGUUAUCAUAUGGCGGACAAGUGACUGGAGUCUGGCCCAUAGAACAGAUGGCCACUGGGCAAAAUCACUUGGUUCUACAUUUUUUAGGCGGCUUGGAUGGUCCCCUUGUGGUCAUUUCAUAACUACUACUCAUGGUUUCCAGAAGCCAAGGCAUUCUGCACCUGUUCUAGAGAGGGGGGAAUGGGCUGCCACAUUUGAUUUCUUAGGACAUAAUGCACCAAUCAUUGUGGUGAAGUUUAAUCAUUCCAUGUUUAGAAGGAAUUCGGCUAGUGCUCAGGAAGUGAAAGCUGCACCGGUUGGGUGGGCCAAUGGGGCCUCUAAGAUUGGAGGGAAAGAAUCACAGCCAUAUAAUGUUAUUGCUAUCGGGAGUCAGGAUCGCACUAUAACUGUGUGGACAACUGCAAGUCCGCGGCCUCUUUUUGUGGCAAAACAUUUUUUCACUCAAAGUGUUGUAGAUUUGUCCUGGAGUCCUGAUGGUUAUUCACUUUUCGCCUGUUCCUUGGAUGGGACAGUUGCUACUUUCCAUUUUGACAUGAAAGAGCUUGGACACAGGCUGAGUGAUGCUGAGCUUGAUGAGCUAAAGAGAAGUCGUUAUGGUGAUGUCCGAGGUCGCCAAGCAAACUUAGCAGAGAGUCCAGCACAGUUAUUGCUUGAAGCAGCUUCAGCCAAGCAAACAGCAACGAAAAAAGUGGUGCCAGAUAUUCAGCAAAAUCAGAUGCCUGUAAAAUCUUCAGUUGACUUGGGGGUGACAACAAAGACUUCUGAGCAAGUUGAUGAUGGGAAAAAAAGUGUGGCAGCUGCAGGUGAUGGGUUAAAUAAAGCAGCAACUUCUGCUAGGAUUUCUAGUCCUGUGAAACAAAGAGAAUAUAGGCGUCCUGAUGGCAGAAAGAGAAUCAUUCCUGAAGCAGUAGGUGUACCCAAUCAGCCAAAUACAAUAACUGGUGGGGUGCAGUCUCAGGCACUUGAUUUCCCUCUUGUGACAACUAAUCAUGGAAAAGAUGAAAAUGGGGUAGUUCCUGCUGAUGGCGGCAUGCGAGAAGGUUCUCUCAGAGGAACAUUAGGCAGAAGCUUUGAUUCAAAGGAUCGUUCUGGGGUCACUGCCAGGGCUACAAUUGCAGAGAGCUUGGUAAUUGAGAAGGUUCCAGGCUCUUCGGAAAGAGAUGGUAGCAUCAUUGUGGAGCAGUCUGGGAGUGUGAAGGCCUCCAGUUCCUCUAAUGCUCAUACUACACCUCUUUCAAUUAGGGUAUUUGAUAAGAAAGUAGGGGAAGAUACUAUUCCAAUUUGCUUGGAAGCUCGUCCUAGAGAACAUGCUGUAAAUGACAUUAUUGGGGUGGGAAGUACAUGUAUGAUGAAAGAAACGGAAAUUGUUUGCACAAGAGGGGCUCAAACUCUUUGGUCUGAUAGGAUCUCAGGAAAAGUCACAGUUUUAGCUGGAAAUGCAAACUUCUGGGCUGUUGGGUGUGAAGACGGAUGUCUACAGGUUUACACAAAGUGUGGGCGACGUGGCUUGCCAACCAUGAUGAUGGGAUCUGCAGCAACCUUUGUAGACUGUGAUGAGUGUUGGAAGUUGUUAUUGGUCACAAGGAAGGGAUCGUUGUAUGUAUGGGAUCUACUCAACCGCAACUGUCUUCUUCAGGACUCUUUGGCUUCCCUAAUUGCUUCAGAUCCAAACUCGUGUGCAAAAGGAACAAUCAAAGUUAUAUCUGCAAAGUUAUCGAAAUCUGGUUCUCCCCUUGUUGUUUUGGCUACACGCCAUGCCUUCCUGUUUGACAUGAAUCUUAUGUGUUGGCUGAGGGUGGCAGAUGACUGCUUCCCUGCAUCAAAUUUUGCUAGCUCUUGGAAUCUUGGUUCAAUUCAGAGUGGUGAGCUUGCUGCAUUGCAGGUGGAUGUUAGAAAAUAUUUGGCCAGAAAGCCAGGUUGGAGCAGGGUGACAGAUGAUGGAGUGCAGACACGGGCUCAUUUGGAGUCUCAGUUAGCAUCCUCUUUGGUUUUGAAGUCCCCAAAUGAAUAUCGCCAGUGCCUUCUGUCUUACAUACGCUUCCUAGCGAGAGAAGCAGACGAAUCUCGUUUGCGAGAGGUAUGUGAAAGUUUUCUUGGACCUCCCACUGGGAUGGCUGAAUCCACAUCUUCAGAUACACAGAAUUUGGCCUGGGAUCCUUAUGUGCUUGGAAUGAAAAAACACAAACUCUUGAGAGAAGAUAUUCUUCCAUCAAUGGCAUCAAAUAGAAAGGUCCAGCGAGUACUCAAUGAGUUUAUGGAUCUUCUUUCUGAAUUUGAAAGCAAUGAAGCUAAUCUUGACCCAAAAAAUUCACCAAGAGAAAAAUUGUCAAAACCAGCAACUAAUCAAAUGGACGUAGACCAGUCAGCAACAGAUCCAAAGAACUGUGCCUCACCACAAAAGAUAUCUGCCGAACCAGCAACAGAUCACACGGGUUCUGCACCAAUGAGAAUAAACGAAGUCAAUCCUACUCCAUUAGCAAUUGCUCAAGUAGACUCAGAUCCAAUAUUGACUGAUCAAGUUAUUCCAGACUCGCCAGCUGCAGAUACAGGUCCUUGAAUUCUUCACAUUCUAACUAAUACCAGUAGUCUUAUAAAAACAUUAGCAGGCUAACAUGUGAUAUUGCUGAAAGUGGAUCGAGGUGCAUGUUAAGGUUAAUUCAGUUCAUGCCCCCUACACCACUUCAUGCCCAGUGACUCUUCAAGGUAUUUGCAAUGAGAGCUUUCUCUUUAAUGAUUCUUUGAAGCUGCACGUGUAUGUAACAAAAAGAUUCUCAUUGUUGAGUAGAGAUUUUGAAUGUCCUUACUUAUAGCUUUUGUAAUCAACAUGGUGAAUGUUAUUUUCUUGUACAAUAUUACGCAUAAAUACGAAUUAGAUCUUUCGAGUGCUCGUCCUCA